CCUCCUCCAUCUUCCACCAUCACAACUUCAAUAAUCCUCUUUGUUAUUCUCUCACUCUCUCUCUCUCUCUAAGCACUUAACUUCUUUCUACCACUUUCACCAAACAUGGCCCCUGAGCUUGUCCCCACCGUCACAAAAUCCACUGCCUCCUUCACCAGCCCUACCACCCUGCCACCACGUGCUUAUGUCACAUUCCUUGCCGGAAAUGGUGACUACGUAAAAGGGGUGGUUGGUCUUGCCAAAGGCUUGAGAAAGGUCAAAACAGCCUACCCACUGGUGGUGGCGGUCCUUCCUGACGUGCCAGAAGAGCACCGUAAGAUUCUUAAAUCUCAGGGCUGUAUCGUCCGUGAGAUUGAACCCGUUUACCCACCAGAAAAUCAGACCCAGUUCGCUAUGGCUUAUUACGUCAUCAACUAUUCCAAGCUCCGUAUAUGGGAGUUUGUAGAAUACAAUAAGAUGAUAUACUUGGACGGAGACAUUCAAGUGUUUGAGAAUAUAGACCACUUAUUUGACCUACCUGACGGUCAGUUUUAUGCUGUGAUGGACUGUUUCUGCGAGAAGACAUGGAGUCACACUCCUCAGUACAAGGUUGGGUAUUGUCAGCAGUGUCCAGAAAAGGUGCAGUGGCCCACUGAAUUGGGCCAGCCUCCUGCUCUUUAUUUCAACGCCGGCAUGUUCGUGUUUGAACCUAGCAUGGCCACUUACCACGACUUACUGAAAAGGUUGAAAGUCACUACUCCCACAUCGUUUGCAGAGCAGGACUUCUUGAACAUGUACUUCAAGGACAUUUAUAAGCCAAUUCCUCUGACCUACAACCUUGUUCUCGCCAUGCUUUGGCGUCACCCAGAAAAUGUUAACCUUGAGGAAGUCAAGGUUGUUCACUACUGUGCAGCGGGGUCAAAGCCUUGGAGAUAUACUGGAAAAGAAGAAAAUAUGCAGAGAGAGGACAUAAAGAUGCUGGUGCGUAAAUGGUGGGAUAUCUACAACGAUGUUUCGCUUGAUUACAAGCCAUUAGGAGCAAGUGAAGCUUCAGUAGAUGGUGUUGACAUGGAACCAUUGGGACAUCUAUCAAAGGUUGUUCAACGUGUUCUUGCUGCACCUUCAGCAGCUUAGGUUGAAAUACAUAUCAUGUUCAGGAUCAUAUGGUGACGAAAACAAAGUAAAAGAAAAUUAAAACAAGCCAAGAUUUAAGGUCUAAUUUCUUUCUUUUUCUUUUCCCUGUAGAUGCAGGGAGUGAUCGUGCAUUGCUUUUGAAAGAACCUCGCCACCAUCUUCAUCUUCGAUGUGCAUUUUGUUUUCUAAAAGACCUUUUUUUUUUUCUCAACCUUUGUUUUUUUUUCUUUGAUCCAGCUUCUGUUAAAAAGGAGGUGGGGUCUGUUCAUAAUUGUCUGGAUCUGGUUUUUGUCCACACAAUGUGUUAAUUAUGUAUAUUUCUGCUGUCACCCUUUUCUGCUGUCACCGUUUCUUGUAUGGACAUCGUCAUUGUAAUACUUUUAGGGCAAUGCUUAAUUAUGAAGGCAAAAUGAUAUGUCCAUUUUUAUGGUCA